GUUCAUUAAGUUUUAACUAUUCAAUUCAUCGUACAGUACAUCGAUUCAUUGCGUUUCGAAGGUAUAAAAAUGCUACUAAUUUUUUUCAAAGGUGCAAAGUAUCAAAAUACUACAUUUCAAGGGUCCAAAGUGUAAUUAAACCAAUAUUUUAUAGCUAAUUCUACCUACUCAAAAUUAAUUAUUCAAAUAACCCUAAAUAUCGGGGAUUUUGGUUUUCUAUUUUUCGCUCUUUCUAAUAUUUCAAAAGCUUAUCCUUCGUCAUAUUUUGCAUUUGCUAAACAAAUGACAGCGGAGAAAAAGAAUUAACUGAGCCGCCAUUAUUGCUUAUCUGCCCCACCACCGCCCACCGGCGCCUCCACCAUUUUACAGCACAAGCGGUUUUUUUUUUCCGGCUCUGUUCAACAACAGAGAUCUGAUUGGUCGAUCGCUUUUCCAUUUGUAAUUUUUGUGUUUCUCCAAUAACUGCCGGCCUCGAUUCUGUCGAUUAGUUUUUUUGGGGGUUAGGGUUUUUUCCGAGUUCAGGAGGAAUUUUGAGGAAAUUAGAUACAAGUUAUGCCAAUUCAUUGGAAAGGCAAAUGAUUGGAUGCUAGUCUUGAGAUUUCUUUUGGAGAAGAGCGUUCUUUAGGGUUUGAAAUCUCUAUAGCCCGUGUUGAUAAUGGGGCCAAUAUACUAUAUACUGAUAGCACUGCCUUGUACAAUUGGGGCAAUGACGUUGACGAUUCUCCAUAUCUACAAACACCUGUUGAAUUAUACGGAGCCCACGUAUCAGAGAUACAUUGUCCGCAUCAUCUUUAUGGUUCCUGUAUAUGCAUUGAUGUCUUUCUUGUCCUUGGUCCUAAAUGAAAGCGCAAUUUACUUCAAUUCAAUCAGAGAAAUAUAUGAAGCUUGGGUCAUCUAUAAUUUCUUAUCACUGUGCUUAGCAUGGGUAGGCGGUCCAGGAGCUGUCGUGGUGAGUCUAUCUGGCAAAGUUAUGAAGCCAAAUUGGUGCUUGAUGACAUGUUGCUUCCCCCCGAUCCCGCUCGAUGGGCGCUUUAUACGAAGGUGCAAACAGGGGUGUUUGCAGUUUGUGAUCCUGAAGCCGAUUCUAGUUGUAGUAACUUUUGUACUUUAUGCAAAAGGGAAAUAUGAAGACGGGAAUUUCAACCCAAUGCAGUCAUAUCUCUACCUCACCAUCAUCUACACCUUCUCAUACUCGGCGGCACUUUAUGCGCUGGCCUUGUUUUAUGUUGCUUGCAGAGAUUUGCUUCAGCCGUUCAAUCCAGUUCCCAAGUUCAUCAUUAUCAAGUCUGUCGUAUUUCUCACUUACUGGCAGGGCGUUUUGGUCUUUCUUGCUGCAAAGUCCGGAUUGAUAAAGGACGCGAAAGAAGCUGCAGAAUUCCAAGAUUUUAUACUGUGUGUCGAGAUGCUUAUUGCUGCUAUUGGCCAUCUUUACGCCUUCCCUUACAGAGAAUAUGCCGGUGCAAAUAUCGGCGCAAAUCCCGGCUUCACUGCAAGCCUUGCACAUGCUUUGAAAUUCAACGACUUUUACCAUGACACAGUACACCAGUUUGCACCAACGUACCAUGAUUAUGUGCUGUACAACCCUAGUGAGAGUGACGAAGGAUCAAGAAAGUACAGGGCGCGUACUUUUGUACCGACGGGUUCGGAAAUGGAUACAGCAAGGAGGAGCAAAGAAGUGUUUGAGAACAAAUUGGAAGAUGUGCAGUUGCCGCAGAGUCUAUCAUCUUCAGGUAGUACCACACCUGAGAAUUUGAACGAUGCUGCGAAAUCGGAGGCGGUUAAUUCUUCGUUUCUUGUUGAUGCAUCGAAUAGCGUCUCUGUGCCUUAUGAUCUUUCGCUUAUCGAUAUCGAGAUGGCUAAUUACUCGGCCAAAGUGCCUUCGGCUAAUGAAUCCGAGACGAGGUGACAUUUUACUAGGAUUCUGUACAUGUAAUGAAAUAUUCAUCUGUGUGACAGCUGUAUUGGACAUGGUGUCGCUUUUGUACAUGAAAUGAAAUUCGUUGAUUUCGAUUUGUCGAUUCGAUUCGAUUAUGGCGAUA